AUGGCGAGCAUCGAGAAAAUCAACGAAGGCGUAGCUAUCAAUGGAGCUGUGAAGCCAGAAUAUCGCAAGAUCCUAUCGCCCGAGGCCACCGCGUUUCUGGCCCUCCUGCACAGAACCUUUAACGGCACCCGGAAAGCUUUGCUUCAGCGACGAGUGAUCCGUCAGCAGGAGCUUGACAAGGGAAACCUGCCCGAUUUUCUGCCGGAAACCAAGCACAUUCGCGACAAUGAUGCCUGGAAAGGAGCUCCACCUGCUCCGGGCUUGGUGGACCGUCGCACCGAAAUUACAGGACCCACCGACCGCAAGAUGGUUGUCAACGCCUUGAACAGCAAUGUAUGGACUUAUAUGGCAGACUUCGAAGAUGCACAAGCCCCGACAUGGGACAACCAAGUCUCAGGUCAAGUUAACCUCUACGAUGCCAUUCGCAAGCAGGUCGACUUCAAGCAGGGAGAGAAAGAAUACAAACUACGCACAGACAGGGUCCUGCCCACACUCAUCGCCAGACCCAGAGGCUGGCAUCUGGAAGAGAAGCAUUUUACAGUGGACGGCGAGCCCAUUUCCGGCUCAUUGUUCGACUUUGGUCUAUACUUCUUCCACAAUGCGUUUGAAUUGGUCAAGCGCGGCACAGGCCCAUACUACUAUCUUCCCAAGAUGGAGUCACAUCUGGAAGCGAGACUAUGGAACGAUGUGUUCAAUUUGUCUCAGGACUAUAUUGGCAUGCCUCGAGGCACCAUCCGAGGAACUGUUUUGAUCGAGACUAUCACUGCAGCAUUUGAGAUGGACGAGAUUAUCUACGAACUCCGCGACCAUUCGGCCGGCCUCAACUGCGGCCGUUGGGACUACAUUUUCUCGGUGAUCAAGAAGUUCCGCCAAAACCCCAACUUUGUCCUUCCCGACCGCUCCGCCGUCACCAUGACCGUCCCCUUCAUGGACGCCUACGUUCGGCUCCUCAUCAAGACCUGCCAUCGCCGCGGCGUGCAUGCAAUGGGUGGCAUGGCUGCUCAGAUCCCCAUCAAGGAUAACCCGGAGGCCAACGAAAAGGCCAUGGACGGUGUCCGCCAAGACAAACUUCGCGAGGUCCGCGCCGGCCACGACGGCACCUGGGUCGCUCACCCUGCGUUGGCGGUUAUUGCCUCCGAGGUCUUCAACGAGCAUAUGCCCACGCCGAAUCAACUCUUCAAACGCCGUGAGGAUGUCAAUGUCACCAAGAACGAUCUGCUCAACAUGAACAUGCCUGGCACAGUUACAGAGGAUGGCAUCAGAAAGAACCUCAAUAUUGGUCUCGGAUACAUGGAGGGCUGGCUGCGCGGCGUCGGUUGCGUACCCAUUAACUACCUCAUGGAGGACGCUGCAACGGCCGAAGUGUCACGAUCGCAAUUGUGGCAGUGGGUCAAACACGGCGUGAAGACUGCCGAGGGCCAAACAGUCGACAAAGCUUAUGCUCUCCGGCUACUGAGGGAGCAGGCCGACGAGCUGUCUUCAAAGGCACCCAAGGGUAACAAAUAUCAUCUUGCUGCUCGGUACUUCGAGGGCCAAGUGACUGGCGAAGAUUAUGCCGACUUCUUGACAAGUCUAUUGUACAAUGAAAUCACCACCGUUGGCUCAUCACAGCCAGUGGCGAAAUUGUGA